UUCGUCAUGCAUCGCAUCUAAGAUACACAGAAAAGUGUUUCCCGAAAAUGCAACUGUCGCAAUUCAUGCUCGUGACUCGUGAUUUGUUCGCAUCUCUGAUGGUGGGAUGCCUAUAACUUAAUGCAGCCUGCAUUGAAGCAGCCAGUACUAUCUCUGGUAGGUUAGUGCGUAGAAACGUGGACUGAGCAAUGCUACAAGAGUAAUUACUUGUCACAUUCUUGACGUAUUCAGCAAUAAUCGAUUGUUAUAAUCGAUCGGAAAUUGAACCGACAAUGGAGUCUUUUGAAAUACUGUGCGGCAUUGCACUCGUACUCAUUGCUCUUUAUUAUUAUUUUACAUCAACCUACGAUUUUUGGAACUCACGCGGCGUUCGCGGUCCACAACCGAUACCAUUAUUUGGUAAUGCUAAGGAUGUUCUACUAGGAAAGAAAGGCAUGGGUCAUUACUUAAUGGAAGUAUACAACGAAUACAAAAAUGAGUCUAUGAUUGGAAUAUUCCUCAGAAAGACGCCCAUUCUUAUCGUAAAAGAUCCAGAAUUGAUUAAAGAUGUGCUUAUUAAAGAUUUCUCCAAGUUCGCCGACAGAGGCUUCACCGUUCAUGAAAAGGCUGACCCGCUGUCUCAACAUCUUUUUAGUUUAGAACCUAAGAGAUGGCGACCUUUAAGAACGAAUCUGUCGCCUGUUUUUACAUCUGGGAAAUUAAAGGAGAUGUUCUCUUUAAUAUCAGAAUGUGCCGACCAUCUUGAGAAAUAUAUUGAAAAAUUGGCAAACAAAAAAGAGCCUGUAGAGUGCCGGGAACUGACAGCGAAAUAUACGACCGAUGUUAUUGGAACCUGUGCAUUUGGUAUUGAAAUGAAUGCUAUGUCGAACGAAGACAGCGAAUUUCGCAAGAUGGGACGAGAAGCUUUUGCUCCAACUUGGAAGAAUAUACUACGAAUGAGAAUUAGAACAUCUAUGCCAUGGCUUUACGAUAUUUUUGGAUAUAUUCUACCGCAAAAUAAAGUGACAAAAUUUUUCAUACACGUUAUCGUAGAGACUUUGAAUUACAGAGAAAAGAAUAAUAUCGUUAGACAUGACUUCGUCGAUAUGCUGCGCGAAUUAAAAAAAAGCCCAGAGAAACUAGGCGAUAUUGACUUGACCGAUAGCUUGAUAGCAUCUCAAGCAUUUGUAUUCUUUCUUGCCGGCUUUGAAACCUCAUCGACAACUAUGAGUCAUGCAUUAUACGAAUUAGCAUUGAAUCAACAUAUACAAGACAAGUUACGCGAGGAAAUUAAUCAGGAGUAUGCAAAGCAUGGCAGUAAAUUGUUAUAUGAUGACAUAAAGAAAAUGAAUUAUUUGGACAAAGUUUUCAAAGAAACUUUACGAAAAUAUCCACCGGGAACGUUUCUUAUGAGAAAUUCGACAACAAGUUAUACGUUUGAUGGUACCAAAGUUUCUCUGCCAAAAAACCAAAGGGUAUGGAUUCCUACUUAUGCGAUUCAACACGAUCCAAGCAUUUAUCCAGAGCCAGAUGUUUUCGAUCCAGAAAGAUUUACUGAGGAAGCUGUGCAAUCUAGGAACGCAAUGUUUUAUCUACCUUUCGGCGAUGGCCCGAGAAAUUGCAUUGGUGCCCGGUUUGCUAUCUAUCAGUCUAAAGUUGGACUUAUAAGAAUACUGCACAACUACAGAGUCGAAACUUGUGAAAAGACACAAAUACCUUACCAAUAUGAUCCUAAAGCGUUUGUAUUAGCACCAAUAGGUGGAAUACAUUUGAAGAUAACUAAAAUUGAAUAAAUUUAAAUUUUUCUGCAAGUUUUCCUAAAAUAUGUGUAAAAGAGAUGGAGGAAAUAUCUAUUAAUUAGAAUAUUAUGGCGUUCCUAAAGAAUUUAAUUCAGCUCGGAACAUAUUUAUCAGGUAUUUGGGAAGACAGUAUAUUUAUUUCUUAUUUCAUUAUGCUUAGAGAUCAAUUAUGAUCAAUCUUUUAUAAACUUUUAUAUAAAACUUUUAUAUACAGUUAUAUAAAAGCGACAUUACGUUGUUUUACCAAGAAAGGCAAGGCAUGAAAAAUUAUAGAAAAAGUUUAUUUUGUUGAAUGACAAUAUCUUGUGUCUAUCAUCGACAAUGACAGACACGUGGAAAAAUAUAUAUCAUUGUCGAUGACAGACACAAUCGACAUCAUUUUUUUUAUCGACAAUGACACACAAAUAUUGCCAUUCAACAAAAUAAUCGUUAACUCUCAUAAUUUUUCAAAAGAUAUAUAUUCUAUGGUUAUGUCUGUUUUAAUUACAAAGAUUAUAAUUCUUAAUGGACUGGCAUAUUAAAGGUGAUAAUUAAAUAUUAUUAAUAAAUUAUUGUAGUUAUUGUUGUAAAA